AAAUCACUGCCACUCUCUCUCUCUCUGUUUACUUUCUCUCUCUCUCUCUCUCUCACUGCUUCUCUCUUCUUUUUGUUUAUUUUUCGUUUUUUAAAUGGUGCUAUUUGGGUUGUUGAGCUUUGCCGGAAAAUCGUGUAGCAGACAAUUUUCUCGGUAGCCAAACAGCGGAAGCGAGUCAAAUGUGAUGGGAAGUGGAGUCUCGAGCCUCUCCUCUUGCUUCCGGCCGGUUCACCGGACCAACCACCACCACCCAGACCACAACGACGUCGUCUUCGCGGCCUCUGAGCCGUUGGACGAAACCCUAGGCCACUCUUUCUGCUACGUCCGCUCCUCAGCUCGCUUCCUCUCACCUACUCAGUCGGAUCGCUUCAUUUCCCCUUCCAACUCGCUCCGGUUCUCUCCCUCUCACGAGCCGGGCGCGAGGACCCGACCCGGCCUGCACGAGACCGGGUUCAAAGCCAUAUCUGGGGCUUCCGUGAGUGCUAAUAGCUCCACUCCCAGAACUGUCCUCCAGCUUGACAAUAUUUACGACGAUGCCACUGACAGUGUUCUCGGUGGUUUCGGAGGUGGAGUCCGGGGGAGCAUAGUCAAUGGUUUCGAGAGUACGUCGUCGUUUAGCGCCUUGCCUCUUCAGCCCGUGCCACGUGGCGGCGAGCGCGACCCCUCGGGCCCAAUGGAGCGGGCUGGGUUCUUCCUCUCCGGCCCAAUAGAGCGCGGCGCCCUCUCCGGUCCGCUCGACCCGAACCCGAACGCGCAUGGACCGGACGGCCAGGUUCACUUCUCGGCGCCACUCGGCGGCCUUUACGUGAAAAGGAGGCGGAAGAAGGGCAUUUCGGGGAUUCGGAAGGCGUUGUACCGGAACUUCUCGGAGAGGAAGCAGCGGCCCUGGGUGGUUCCGGUGCUCAAUUUCGUUGGACGGAAGGAGGGCCCACCGCCGCCUGGCGACGAGGCGGAGCCCAAGAGCGAGACAAAUGUCCAGUGGGCUCUUGGAAAAGCGGGGGAGGAUCGCGUACAUGUGGUUGUAUCGGAAGAACAAGGUUGGUUGUUUGUUGGAAUUUACGAUGGGUUUAACGGACCUGAUGCGCCGGAAUUUUUGAUGGGCAAUCUCUACCGUGCAUUUUACAAUGAGCUUCAGGGAUUGUUUUGGGAGGUUGAUGAAGAUGAUCAAGCCCCAGGAACCGAAGAAGCCAAUAACACGAACCCACCAAAUGUAGCUACAGAGAGUGAAGUUGUUGUAGAUGUUAAAAUUGAUGGAAAUGAUUCGAAUUCGAACCCCUUGGCUGAAGCUGAUCGGACAAAGAGAGUGACCUUUCAAUCGGAGGGUAGGAGGCGGCGGCUUUGGGAAUUGCUAGCUGAGGCUGAGGCUGAAGACGGGCUUGACCUUUCGGGUUCUGAGAGGUUUGCGUUUUCUGUCGAUGACGCACUUACAGUGAGCAAUGAGGGUUCUGGUUCUGCAGUUAGUAGACGCUGGCUUUUGCUGUCAAAAUUGAAACAGGGAUUGUCCAAGCACAAAGAGGGUCAGGGUCAUGGUAGGAAGUUGUUUCCAUGGAGGUUUGGUUUGGAGGAUAAAGAGGAGGUUGAGGUUGAGAAUACAGUGGAGGAGAGGUCUGCUCCAACUGGUAGGAGGAGGAAGGAGGGUCCGGUGGAUCACGAAUUGGUAUUGAGUGCAUUGUCAAGGGCUUUACAAGUGACUGAGAAUGCUUAUUUGGAGAUGACUGAUAAGGUUCUUGAUACGAAUCCGGAACUUGCUUUGAUGGGGUCGUGUUUGUUGGUUGUGCUAAUGAGGGAUGAGGAUGUGUAUGUGAUGAAUUUAGGGGAUAGUCGGGCAAUUGUUGCUCAUUAUGAGCCUGAAGAAGGUGGUUCAAGCAUGGAAUCAAGAGGGCACAAGGAUAAUGGGUUGAGCGCUGAGGAUAUAACUGAGUCGUCCUCGGCUGUGGCCAAUGAGGCUCCUACUCAGGCAAUGAAAUUAACCGCACUGCAGCUGUCCACCGACCACAGCACGAGCAUUGAAGAAGAAGUAAUAAGAAUCAAGAAUGAACACCCAGAUGACAAACAUUGUAUUGUCAAUGAUAGAGUGAAAGGUCGUCUUAAAGUUACCAGAGCAUUUGGGGCAGGAUUUCUGAAACAGCCCAAAUGGAAUGACACAUUGUUGGAAAUGUUUCGAAAUGAGUACAUUGGUACCACACCAUACAUAUCAUGUUUGCCUUCUCUCCGUCACCAUAGACUCUGUCCUAGUGAUCAGUUCUUAAUCCUCUCGUCUGAUGGUUUGUAUCAGUAUUUUAGCAAUCAGGAAGUAGUUUCUCAUGUUGAAAAUUUUAUGGAGAAGUUCCCAGAUGGAGACCCUGCACAACACCUGAUAGAGGAGCUUCUUUUCCGUGCUGCAAAGAAAGCUGGAAUGGAUUUCCAUGAAUUACUGGACAUCCCACAAGGAGACCGCAGGAAGUACCAUGACGAUGUCACCGUUAUGGUUAUAUCGCUUGAAGGAAGAAUUUGGAAGUCAUCAGGAAAGUACCUUUGACAACUUUAUACACAGGCAGUAUUCUCUAUAAAAAGGGGACAUUGCAAUUUCAAUUUUCAGCUAGAGAUAUUCUUCAAGCAGUAUGGAAAGCUUUGCUGCUGACAGUUCCAUGGGUCCAUUAGGUUUUUGUUCUCUCACAGCAUAAGCAUACAACUAAUACGGAUGGUAAUGGCAAAAUGCUGAUGUUAGAUAUCAUCCAAUACUUAAUAGAUGCAAAAAUAUUGGGUUCAGGACAAAAUGAGAUUUUGCAGA